GGGCGGGCCUGCCCGCGGGCGGCCACCGAGCGCAUGCGCGCGCGUCUCCUCUCCAGUCGGCCGCCGCGCUCCGCCGAGCGGAGUAGAAUGAACUGUAACAAAACAAGCCGAGCCUUUGUAUCUGCUUAAAGGGGCCGCGGCCACUUCCCUCGCGUCCCCUCACCCCCGCCCCGCGCCGCCGCGUCUCCAGGGCUCCCGGCAACUAGCUUGGAAAGGGCUUCCCUCGCGCUGAGGAGCGACCGGCCGGCGCGGAGCAGGCGCGACGCGUGUGGAGAAAGCCGCCGAGCAGAGAGCGGGCCCGGGCGGCGCCGGAGUGGACUCUGGUCCCGGGAGCGCGAACGGCGCCGGAACGCGGACCCGGAGGCACCGGAAUGCAAACAAAGCUCGCGGGCGCCCGUGCAGGGCUCUCGGCGGAGCCCGGAAAGUUUGUUUUAUGAUGGCUUGAGAACGCGAGUGAGUCGGGCGAGGAGGAUCGAGUGGCUCGCUCCCGCGCUCGGAGAGAUGCUUGUCCCGUGAGCCCGCCGCGCCGGGGGCUCGUGCUGUGGGGGCACCUGUCUCUCGUUUUUAGCAGUUUUUAUUUUAUUUUAUUAUUUUUUCUUUUGAGGAGGGGCUGUAAACUCAUCAUGUCGAAAGUGAUCCAGAAGAAGAACCACUGGACUGGCCGCGUUCACGAGUGCAUCGUGAAGCGGGGACCCCAGGGCGAGCUGGGAGUGACGGUGCUGGGGGGCGCGGAGCACGGGGAGUUUCUGUAUGUGGGGGCGGUGGCGACAGGCGAGGUGGCGGGGCUCCCCGGCUGCGGCGAGGGCCCGAAGCUGGUGGAAGGUGAGCUGCUGUUGGAGGUGCAGGGGGUCCGGGUGUCCGGCUUGCCCCGCUAUGACGUGUUGGGAGUCAUCGACAGUUGCAAGGAGGCCGUCACCUUCAGAGCCGUCAGACAAGGAGGAAGGCUCAACAAGGACCUGCGACACUUUCUCAGCCAGCGGUUCCAGAAGGGGUCUCCGGAUCAUGAGCUCCAGCAGACCAUAAGGGACAACCUCUACCGCCAUGCCGUGCCUUGCACAACCCGGUCUCCCCGAGAAGGAGAAGUGCCUGGCGUGGAUUACAGCUUUCUGAGUGUGAAAGAGUUCCUGGACCUCGAGCAGAGCGGAACCCUGUUGGAGGUCGGCACCUAUGAAGGAAACUAUUAUGGGACACCCAAACCUCCCAGCCAGCCAGUCAGUGGGAAAGUGAUCACGACGGAUGCCUUGCACAGCCUUCAGUCUGGCUCCAAGCAGUCGACCCCUAAGCGAACAAAGUCCUACAAUGAUAUGCAAAAUGCUGGAAUAGUCCACACGGAGAAUGAGGAGGAGGAUGAUAUUCCUGAAAUGAACAGUAGCUUUACAGCCGAUUCUGGAGACCAGGACGAACACACUCUCCAAGAAGCAACGCUCCCGCCUGUGAAUAGUAGCAUCCUCGCUGCUCCCAUCACGGACCCUUCUCAGAAGUUCCCUCAGUACCUACCUCUUUCUGCAGAGGAUAAUUUAGGUCCUCUACCUGAAAACUGGGAGAUGGCCUAUACCGAAAAUGGAGAAGUCUAUUUUAUAGACCAUAACACAAAGACAACAUCAUGGUUAGACCCUCGGUGCCUGAACAAGCAGCAGAAGCCUCUGGAAGAAUGUGAAGAUGAUGAAGAAGGGGUACACACCGAGGAGCUGGACAGUGAACUAGAGCUGCCUGCUGGCUGGGAAAAGAUUGAGGACCCUGUCUACGGUGUCUACUAUGUAGACCACAUCAACAGGAAGACACAGUAUGAAAACCCAGUCCUAGAAGCCAAAAGGAAGAAACAGCUUGAACAGCAGCAGCAGCAGCAGCCUCAGCCUCAACCACCACAGCCAGAAGAAUGGACAGAAGAUCACGCAUCCCUUGUGCCUCCUGUCGCUCCCUCCCAUGCCCAGAGCAAUCCGGAGCCAGCCAGGGAAGCUCCACUUCAGGGCAAACCUUUUUUUACAAGAAACCCUUCUGAGUUGAAAGGCAAAUUCAUUCACACGAAGCUACGGAAAAGCAGUCGUGGCUUUGGCUUCACAGUGGUUGGAGGGGACGAACCUGAUGAGUUCCUGCAGAUCAAGAGCCUCGUCCUAGAUGGUCCUGCUGCCCUGGACGGGAAGAUGGAGACAGGAGAUGUGAUUGUCAGCGUGAAUGACACCUGUGUUUUGGGACACACACAUGCUCAAGUUGUAAAAAUCUUCCAGUCCAUUCCUAUUGGUGCCAGUGUGGACCUUGAACUCUGCAGAGGUUAUCCAUUGCCUUUUGACCCAGAUGACCCCAAUACAAGUUUAGUGACCUCGGUGGCCAUUUUGGACAAAGAACCAAUUAUUGUGAAUGGACAAGAGACCUAUGAUUCACCAGCAAGCCACAGUAGUAAAACGGGCAAAGUCAGCAGCAUGAAGGAUGCCAGGCCAAGCAGCCCUGCCGACGUGGCUUCCAACAGUUCUUAUGGUUAUCCCAAUGACACAGUCUCUUUGGCUUCUUCCAUAGCCACGCAGCCGGAGCUGAUAACUGUUCACAUAGUCAAAGGGCCAAUGGGCUUUGGCUUUACCAUUGCCGAUAGUCCCGGUGGUGGCGGCCAAAGAGUGAAACAGAUUGUUGACAGUCCCCGCUGCAGGGGCCUCAAGGAAGGGGAUCUUAUCGUGGAAGUGAAUAAGAAGAACGUGCAGGCCCUGACACACAACCAAGUCGUGGACAUGCUGAUCGAAUGUCCAAAGGGAAGUGAGGUCACACUGUUGGUGCAGCGAGGAGGGCUACCAGUUCCCAAGAAGAGUCCAAAGUCGCAGCCACUGGAGAGGAAAGACAGCCAGAACAGCUCCCAGCACAGUGUCUCCAGCCACAGGAGCCUGCACACGGCAUCCCCGAGUCACGGCACGCAGGUGCUCCCCGAGUACCCACCUGCAGACGCCCCUGUUCCGGAUCAGACCGACAGCUCUGGGCAGAAAAAACCAGAUCCUUUUAAAAUCUGGGCCCAGUCCAGGAGCAUGUAUGAAAACCGACCUAUGUCACCUUCGCCUGCAUCAGGACUGAGCAAGGGUGAAAGAGACAGAGAAAUCAAUUCCACGAAUUUUGGAGAAUGUCAGAUUCCAGAUUACCAGGAACAGGACAUCUUCCUCUGGAGAAAAGAGACCGGAUUUGGAUUUAGGAUUCUGGGUGGAAAUGAGCCAGGGGAACCCAUUUAUAUCGGUCACAUCGUACCACUGGGUGCUGCUGACACAGACGGCCGCCUGAGGUCUGGAGAUGAAUUAAUCUGUGUGGAUGGGACACCAGUAAUUGGAAAAUCACACCAGCUCGUGGUCCAGCUUAUGCAACAAGCUGCCAAGCAAGGCCAUGUCAACCUCACAGUGAGGCGGAAAGUGGUGUUUGCUGUCCCCAAAGCAGAGAAUGAGGUGCCAUCGCCAGCUUCAUCGCACCACAGUAGCAACCAGCCCGCCUCCCUGACGGAAGAGAAGCGCACACCCCAGGGCAGCCAGAACUCGCUCAACACUGUGAGCUCUGGCAGCGGCAGCACCAGUGGCAUCGGCAGUGGUGGCGGUGGGGGCAGCGGCGUGGUGAGCGCUGUGCUCCAGCCCUAUGAUGUGGAGAUUCGACGUGGGGAGAAUGAGGGCUUUGGGUUCGUCAUCGUGUCCUCCGUGAGCAGGCCUGAAGCGGGCACGACCUUUGCAGGCAAUGCAUGUGUGGCUAUGCCUCACAAAAUAGGUCGGAUUAUUGAGGGGAGCCCUGCUGACCGCUGUGGCAAGCUGAAAGUAGGAGACCGGAUCUUGGCAGUAAAUGGAUGUUCCAUCACCAACAAAUCCCAUUCUGACAUUGUCAACCUAAUCAAAGAAGCGGGCAACACAGUGACCCUCCGGAUCAUCCCCGGGGAUGAGUCCUCAAAUGCCACACUGCUGACCAAUGCUGAGAAGAUCGCCACCAUCACCACCACUCAUGCCCCUUCUCAGCAAGGGACCCAGGAAACAAGGAACACCACCAAACCAAAGCAGGAUUCUCAGUAUGAGUUCAAAGGACCGCAGACUGCACAGGAGCAAGAUUUUUACACUGUGGAACUGGAAAGAGGAGCCAAGGGGUUUGGCUUUAGUCUUCGAGGGGGGCGAGAGUAUAAUAUGGACCUCUAUGUUCUGCGCUUAGCAGAGGAUGGUCCUGCAGAAAGAUGUGGAAAGAUGAGGAUUGGUGAUGAAAUUCUAGAGAUUAAUGGUGAGACCACCAAAAACAUGAAACAUUCUCGGGCCAUAGAACUGAUAAAGAACGGUGGCCGCAGAGUUCGUCUGUUUCUGAGGCGGGGAGACGGCUCAGUCCCAGAAUAUGCGAUGAUACCUCCUAAUAUCGCUGCAUGUAUGAGAAAUGAAAAGCUCGGGGAGGCUUGCUUCUACCUUAUGGGCCAUAAUCAAACUACGACCCCAGCAGCGACAGGAACGGCCCCUCCACCGGUGCACAAGGUGUUCCGGAAGUGAGGCUGGGGCCGCCUGACCGCAGACCACAUCCAGCCUUGGAGUCCAGUUACCCACCCGAUCUUCACAAAUCAUCACAACAUGGGGAAAAGCGGGCACACGCGAAGGAUCCAAAAGGCAACACGGAGCACAGCAAACAACACAACGAACACCACACCUGGAAUGGAACUUCUAGAAAACCCGACAGUGGGGCAUGCCGGCCCAAAGACAGGCCACCCGAUGCAUGGAGAGACGCACAGCCGGAGCGGACAGCCACCAAUGGCCCCAAGAAGCGGUCUCCGGAGAAGCGCAGGGAAGGCACCCGCAGUGCUGACAACACUUUGGAAAGGAGGGAGAAGCAUGAGAAGAGAAGGGAGAUGUCCCCUGAGAGGAAGCGAGAGCGGUCACCCACCCGGAGAAGAGACAGCUCCCCCAGCCGCCGGAGGAGGUCCCUCGAAAGACUCCUGGAUCAGAGACGGUCCCCAGAGCGCAGAAGAGGGGGCUCACCUGAGAGGAGAGCCAAGUCCACCGACAGGAGGAGGGCCAGGUCCCCCGAGCGCAGGCGAGAGCGAUCACUGGACAAAAGGAACCGAGACGACAAGGUUGGCCACCGAGAAAAGGAGGAGACUGGUCUGAAGCCUGAAGCUGGGAGAAGUCCCCGAAAUCCCCCGGAGCAGAGAAGGCGGCCUUAUAAAGAAUGUAGCACCGACCUCAGCAUCUGAGACUCCAGUCCCAUUGCAGCCUUUACCGUGUCAAAGGUUCUAAGAGGAAGGUCGCAAACAUGAAAUAAUUUAGUUUCUUACCUGAGGAAGCAUCACCUGAAGAGACCUAUGAAUAGAAUGAACAUUUUAUGCAUUUGAAAUCUUAUAAGAAAAAAAUAUAUAUGAAAAGUCUUGUGCCUGAUGUAUAAUAUUAAAGAAAGUAUUUUUAAAUGCAUACUUUUUUUGAAAAUUAUUUGCCAAAAUGAUGACCCAAAGGGAUGUAUAUUUUGUUUCUUCACAAGCUAUAGAAUUGUUGAGAAUUGUUCCCUCUUUGGGGCAAGCUAUUUCUCUUCUAGAUAAAUGGGGCUGUGGUCUUGUCCUCUAAGUAAAUGCAGUUAAAUUUAACUCAGUAUAAACCGUUAGACGUGAACUAGUGCUGUACUGUAAACCCUUGUUUUUUCAGAAACACAGAACACAAAAAGGCAAACUUUUGCUUGUCCAAACUGAGGGCCUUUAGGGUGGAUUAGGGUGGCCAAGCUGCAUGACAAGAAAACUACUGCAAAUGAAGGAUAUUUAUGACGACAGUGCACAGCGCUAAGAAACUUUAUGAUCUCAAGUUAUAGUUGCUUCAAAGAAUGGUUUGUGCUCUCCCUGGCCCAGGAAGGUGCAAAAACAAGACGUUUGGCUGCCAUGAACCAUAUACAGCCUUAGCUCAGAUGGUCAGGUUCAUCAGCUCCACCACAGACUACAUUUCCCAUACUGCAGUGCCCAUCACAACUUGUCAGCCUCUAGAAGGAACAGACAAGCUGCUUCUGGGCCGUGUGGUCCCAUAAGAAGCUGAGUAGAUGGAAUGUAGGACCAGGGAGAUGUAAAUGUCUCCAGCAUGGAAAGAGUGCCCUCCCCCAGUGUUUAGCAUUAGCUCACGGUUGCUUUCUGCUGAAUGGGAGCAGAGGAGUGGACUUUGGUGAAGGAAACCUCUCUUGUGAUAUUUAAAAAGCAUUGGGGCUGCUUAUUCCCAGAAUAGCUGAUUAUGCACUUUGAAACCGCAACCAGCUCUUAAGGAUUGACUGAAGGGCAAGGCAGAAAGCGAUAGCACCAGUAGUUCUCGAUGUGCUGGGAAACUUCCAUCCCCGUGACCCUGUUCUUUUUAUUUGGGAGCAGCAAAAUAAAAUGUAAAGGCUUUUCUUUCUAAAAUAGACCCAUUUUUCUGAACCCUCUGAAGGUGUGGUUGGGUCAGCUGUAGCGCUGAGAAGCGGUUUAAGUGGAUGACUGCCUAGCUGAGCCAAAGUGUUUGCUUGUCCCUGUUGGAGCAGUGCAGCCAGCCGCUGCUGACAGUGCGCUCAUGUUUCUGUCCUACUGGUUUGCAUUUUCCAUUCAGACACAAAAACUUUGCAAGUCAAUCACUGUUGUUCCCAUGGUACUGUAUUAGGGGAGGGGAGAAAAAAGACAAAACAAAAAAAAAAAAAAAAGAAGAAAACCAGCCAAUCAUUGUAUGUAGAGUUUAAAAUUGUAAUUAAUAGAGACUGUUGGAAAAAAAUAAACAAUUGUUGCCUUUUUUGUAUAAAAGAGAAUUUAUGACAAAAGUUCAGCUUUGAGGAAUGUGAUGUGCGUUUCUAUUUCUGAAUAUGAGCAGAUUGAUUCUUGGGAAUAUACUAUAAACUAAAUCAGGUGUGUAAAGUUGUCUAAAAUGGGAGACUGUAUAAGUGUCACUAAAGCUGUAGUUUGUUGGGGCUGUCAUCUUCCAUGGAGAGCCAGGCAUCCAUUGCAUUCUCUGUUCUUCACUCAUUUAUUUCUUGCUUAAUGCUCCUUCUGUGUUGAUGAAAAGCAGCGUGUGGGCCAAUCUUUUUAUAAAACACUACGCACAUAUAAAUAUUACAGUGUUCAUAGCUUUAUUUGAUUUAGGGCUUAUCCAUCACAUUACACUGAGUAGCUAUGGUUAUGUGGACAUGACCAAAGUUCUUUUCCUGAAUCAAACACAAUGUAUAUUGUGUAGCUAAAGGGGGCGGGGAGUCUGUGAUUAUCAUCACAGUUUUUGCUACAAGGAUACAUUGACUAUAGUACUAAUGCUGAGGAAGGCUACAGUGAAUGGCAAUGUUUAUGUCAUCCGUUUCCUGAGAGCCACCUUGGCAGUGUUGCACUCGGCUCUGCCGCUGGGAUUUUUCUCGCUACUUCUAACGCAGUCCAUUAUGUGACUGGUUCAUUUUCUCGAUCGCCGUCUGUGGGCAUCAAGGAUGAUUUUUGUAUUUCGUCCUGAAGUUAACAUCAAGAUGUCCUGUCUCAUUGUAAGAGAUGGUAUUCAGCAUUUAAAGUCAGUGCUACCCACCUGAGCCUGGCUCAGUUUCUGAGGAAUUUUGCUGUAGCAAUUUAACCUUCAUUCCGUACAUCAGACUUCAUAUGAGAGUAUUACGCUUUCAAAGUACAGAGAAUUCGACACUAAGCAGAAUAGUAAAAUUCUCUUCCGUCUACUGUAACCUUUCUUGGAAACUGAGUCUUAUGAGCCUUUUCUCCCCAACCUUCCACUUCACGUCAGAGUGUUAAUGAGGUAUGAUGGAUGAGUAUUUUGUAUGAAUAAAUCAAACCAUUUAGGAAAUCCCCCGCCCCGCCCCCCGCUAUGCAACUGAUAUCUGAAAGAAUGUUCAGAGGUGGGAGGACUCAAUAGCCUUCUUGUAUUUUUUUAAAGUUUCUUUUAUGAAAGAUUUUUAAUGCAUUUUUACUGUAAAAAAUACAUGGAAGUGUAAGCAUUCCAUAACCAUUAUUGCUUCUGGAUUGAUAACUUUUUUGUCUCCAUGUGGUCUCAAAUGUAUCAGGGUCAAGGAAUCACUUGAGGGCCCAUGACUGCAAAUACUGAAAUGAUAUUCUGUCCAUGAAAAGAAGCUGUGUCUUUGUUUUGAAAAGUGCCUUGCUUGUCAAAGCAUGGUACAUGACCCAGCUGCCUCAUGAUUACUGGGGGUGAGGGUGGUAUUAGAAGUAAAAAUCUCAGACCCUACUCCAGACUUCCAGAGUCAGAAUGUCCGCUUAGCACGAUCCUCUACCAAUGCUUAUGCACAUGAGAAGUUGAGCUGUGCUAUGGUGCAGACACCUAGUAAUAGCAAAUUCUGUAGAACCAAGAGAUGAGUCUCUUCCUUAGGGCAUGCUAGCUGGUCAGGAGGUUCCUUACUCUCUGGAAGCCUCCCUUCCACCCCCUCUAAAAGAGCAUACCUCAUAGAGUUGGUCAGGAUAGGUGCAAAGUGCUCCGAACACACCUGCCAAGCAGGUGAGUGGCCCUCAGUGAGUGGCACCACCGGCAGUUAGCACUUCUUUAGUUACAAAACCAGCAAGUCCCGCAGCUGUGCUAGGGACAGGUAUGAUGAACUGCUCAUCUUGAGAUGUGUAACCAAAAUGCUGUGUUUGGCGACAGAAUCAGUCUCCAAGCUUAACUUGAAGGUGAAUACAUAGAAGGAGUUAGACAUGCCUGCUUGGUGGGGAGAGCUUAUAGUUUGUGAAGGGGAAACAGAACGAAAGCAUGAAAGACACCAAGUAGGGAGGCCCAGGGCCCUGUAAUAAGGGGAUCUAGCCAGAUGGAAGGGAAAGUGGCAAUUGCAUAGACCAAGAGAAGAAAAGGACUUAGCUGGCGACAGAAGGGGGAUAGUACUAGUGCGGGCCAUGUAAGAAAUUGGUGAAUGCACUUGAGCUGACCAUGGAGCUUCAACUAUACAGUUCCCUUCCAUUGCCAACUCCUUUUGUAUGACAGAACCCCUGGGAUUUUCCUAAGUUCCUCCAUCUUCAAGGAGGGUUGCAUAGUAUAAUAAGCAUUCCCACAGUCCAGCUCCUUUUGCUGUCUUAUGCUUUAUUUUGCCCCCAUCAUGGUAAUUAUGGACAUUGCUUCUUUUGUAUCUUGGAAGAUGGUAUCUAGCAGUGGUCCUCAGCUUAACCAACGAUUGAAG